AGGCCCCGUGGACGAGGAGGUGGCCGAGGUGAUCUCGCUGGAGCAGCUGCUGCGCCUGCGGAGGCACACGCGCGAGAUGGCCCGCAGCGCGCUCCUGGACACCGAUUUCUCCCUGCGGGCCAAGCGCGGCUCGGUGCUCCGCGCCUGGCGGCUGGACCUGGACAUCAAGGGCACAGGCCUCGUAGACGAGGCUGACUUCAACCGCCUCUGUGUCAUCGUCGGGCACGGCGAUCACAUGCGCGCCAUCUGGGACGCCAUGCGCCCGGGGAUGUUCGCUGUCAAUCGGCCGAGGGGCGCGAGGGUGCCGCCCCUGGCGCUCUGCGAGCUGGACCCCGAGCUGGCGGCGACGGCGCAGCAGUUCGCGGAGGCCCUGCUGGCGAGGGCGGCCUUCAACUUGGACGACGCCUGGGGCAUGCUCGCCCGCCACGACAGCGUCCGCGGCAGCGUGCCCGACGAGGUGACGCCAGGGCAGUUUGAGCGGUGCGCGGAGUGCCUCGGCCAGCCAGCCGCCGCCGAGCCGCUCUUCGGCGGCCUGGCGAUAGGCCAGGGCCGCGUCUGGCGCGAGGACUUCGAGUACCUCUGGCUGCUGGCAUUUCACAGGACCCUUCCUGGACCCGGCCGCGCAGAAGGAGGGGCGCGCGCCCGCCUGCGCCGCGAGCCUCGAGGAGGGGAGCGGUUUCGAAGAGGCCGGCGGCGUGGGCGGCUUCGCGGCCGCGCUGGGCCUCGAGAUCGGGGCGGGCCCGGCGAAGGCCACGAAGGAGUUGAAGGCCAAGGUUACGCAGAGGCUGGUGAUGUUGGGCUACCGCGGGGACGUAAGAAGAGGACCUGUGCUGCGGCUGCUGCUCGCCCUGCUGCGGUCGAGGCGCGAGCCGUCAAAAGGCUCGCAGGCUGGCGGCGCCGACAGCGUGCACGCGAACGAGUGGGAUUCCUCGACCAUGGCCCCAAUGGCUGUCAACCUGCCGAUCGCCUGGUGCCCCAGGAGAAGCAGGCGGCCCCAGCGAACAUCAAUGCUGCGCAUCAGCUCUCCAUGCGGGGCGGCAAGCUGCUCGACAACGGGGACCCCUCCAGGGCGCCCAUCUACUGCAAGCCCGAGAAGGGCUUAGAGACGCUUGGCUUCGCCUACUGCUCCGUCCUGAGGUCGUCGUGCGACCCCCACAGGAGGCCCAACAAGCACAGGCGGGCCACCACCACGCACCACCUCCUCGGCAGCAGGAACGACAUGUCGCUGGGCGUGCAGCCGAAGAUCGCCCACCGUCCUCCGCAUCCAGCGAGGAUGGAUCGCGAACGCGACGCCGUUCAGCCCCAUUGCCCACGAGCCCUGACGCGUCGAAUGGCCUUCGGCCUAUCCCGCAGCCGUGCCCGAGUCGUGAAUGCCCCUCGGGGGUCUGUUCGAGGGAUAUGAGAGUGGCUCUCUUGUUUCAAGCGGUCCCGAUGCCAUCAAGAGCAUCCGCAGAUGCCGAGUGCGCGCGCCUGUAGUCCAGGCAUCGGCUAUGUCUCUGUGCGUCCCCACCAAGAGCAUUCGCGGAUGCCGCGUGCGCGCCUGUAGUCCAAGGCCGCCCGCGCAGCGGCGCCCCUCGCUGCCGCUGCAGCGGCCCGGCCGCUUUUCCCGGAGCACCCGCGCCGAGCCUCUCUGGCCCGGCGCGCGGCAGCCUGCGCGCCCUGCGCGGCCGGUCGCUCCGAAGGAGCGAUUGCCGCGAGGGUGGCUUCGAGGGGGAGGGGGC